UCUCGCUUCGAAUCCAUUGUGUGUCCGCAAUCGUAUGUAGACGGUUUGUCGUUGUCCGUUCAACCAAUGGCUCUUAAAUAUCGUGUGGCAAAAGCGCGCAACCUUAGAACGGCAGCAGAAAAGCAGUGCCCCGCGCCACUUCAGGCGAUCGCCUGAGAGAAGCCUUUCGCCGUAGAUGCUUUUCUUCGAAUAAGGAUACAAAUGUCGGAAGCAGCAGCACCCAUCGAGCAAACCGCAGUAACACCAGCAGCCAGCAGCCCAAACUGACCGAUCGAAAGGACGGAUACGAAAAUAGCGAAACGGAAAAGCGGCCGAGGUAAAGCGACAAUCCCGUCGGUGGUUGUUAGGAAGAAACAAAAAAUAAGAACAUCAACUUUUAUUCGUCAUCAAUAGCAGAAGCAGUUUAAGGGCGGUGGAUUUGGUGGACCAAGCGGUGACUGCGCGGCCAUUGCUUCUGGAUUCCGAUUGACAGCCGAACCAGAGGCGAACGUCUUGGCGCUAUCAAUGCAAAGAAACUGUCCGUAUCAAGUGUGGCGCAACCUAAGCCCCGUGUGUGUAGAAUCGUAAAAAUCGACGGCACCCAUCAUUAGGUCGUCGUUUUGACAGCCGCAUUAGCAAACCAGAAGCGGACUCGGAAAGUUAAGAAAAUCUCUUCGAUUGGUGCCCGCUUGUAUCACACUUUCGAGUAAAAGGAAAGGAAAGUGUUUCGGGUGUAGCCUGGACAGUACGAAAGGCAUCUCGUGGUUGCUCCUCGUAGGAGCCCGACCCGCGGUCGCAUUUGCCGAAGAAACACCCCAACAUGGGGGUUGUACUCCGCGUUGAAAGUGCAUAGAGUUUGUGUGGUUGUGUGUGUACGUCAAAGUGAAGUGUGUGUUUGUGCAAGUUACUGUACCGUUCCGGAAAAAGAAUAAUUUUCUCAGGGACAUUGGCAGAAUAAGAAGGAUUGUUGUGACAAAAAGUUCGAUCAAAACGAGAGGUGGAAAAAACACGCAACUUGUCGGACUAAUAGCUGUGGCUGGAGAUUUUUUUAGAAGAUUGUAUACUUAAAAGAACAAGGAGGAAAUUAACUCACGUGCGUAUUGCGCUUCGUUUUGAUCCCGAAGGACGUAUUCAACGGAAGGACCCACACCUUUUCGGUAAAUGCCAUACACUGCAUCUUGACCUAAUUCCUCCACCCCCGUCGUGUCGUUUUAUCUCGUGAAUGUUGUCCACCAAGAGUUCAACAAGAAAUUUACAUCGAAUUACCUAUCGAUUGUCGAAAAGCUCUUGUUUGUUGAUGCUACUGUAGACAAGUGGUGAGUGUAGGAGUGUGAGUAUCACAAAAAGACGAACAAUUCGUACUGAGUCGAUAGCUGAAGUUUUUUGAUGGUGAAUUGAUAAAAUAUAAAACACUGCCGAAAUCAAGAUGAAGCCACAGAUUACCUGCUGCAUAAAGGACAACCACAGUGGGUCAUAGGCGGUCUUCAAAACCAAUAACAAAGCGGGAUCAGCUUGUUACAUCCCCGUUGAUUGAUUGGAAGAAAACGCCUGCACUUACACACUCUAACCCAACUGGGCAUUAUUGGGCUUAAAAAGGAUAAAGCAGCUGCAUCGAUUGCUUCGAUCGUCCAGGCCUCUUGGAAUCGAUCCUGUGGCAUCAAAAACCAAUUACCAAGUGAACAUGAUUAAUGCCGCAUUUUAGCUUCGUCUGUGGAUGUAGAUUUUUCUCCCAAUUUUCCUGGACGCAACCAUUGGACGGCUUUGAAUCAAGUUAGUUACUUAUGGAUGUAUAAAGAAUUGGAUUAAUCGUUUACUUGAUUUGCAACGAAGACAGAACUGGGCUUACGGAAUAUCACAGCGCACAGUGCCGACAGUACGGCACUUUCACCGUUGAAAGGAACAGGUUGUUAAAGCCCACCACCGGGAGGAACGAUCCCAAAACAACCCCCCUACGCGUGCAGAAUCAAAUGUGUUGCUGGAAAUGAUUUGUAAAGAGGACGUCGUCAAUUGGUUUAGAGAACUGAAGAGUUACAACAGGAUAGAUACCAUGUGCGUCAUGUUAAACAUGUGCCUUCCGUUUGAGCUUCGCUUUCUGGGCACGUACCUGGAGGAGCUGGGCCGGCGUGACGCACCGGAGCUGCGUGGCGCUGAGCUGAAGGUAAACAACCCGCAGGAGUUCAUCGCGGACAUUGCGUCCGGUGAGCCGACCGACCAUCGCUCCCGACGGAAGAUGGCUCUAUUCCUGGCGCUAUACCGAGCCUGCAACCAUACGUGUGCAACCGAGCUCUUCAAGACCCUCGAAGGCUGGGGCGGGAGACCGGAUCUGCAGCGUCUGUUCGAGGAGGACGUACAGCACGAGCUACUGCUCGUGUAUACGAUGGCUACCAACCAUCCGGGGUUCUCGUUUGAACAACGGCUGCAUUGUGGGGAGAUUUUCUCCAAACUGAAAUCGUGGGAACCGAAGACUAACCCAAAGCAAUCGGAUCGAGAUGAAAUGAUGGUGGAUCACCAGCAGCAGCAGCCGCAGCAACAGCAGCAGCAGCAUCUCCAUCACCAACAUCAUCAGCAUCAUCACCAGCAGCAACCUUCACAGCACCAGUCGAUGGACUCGUUGCAUAGCAACAGCCCGCAGCAAUCGCCAAUCCAACAGCAGCAACAGCAACAACAUCAUCAACCGCAGCAUCUACAAAAUUCGACGCCUCCUCCUGCAUCGCAGCAGCUCCCGACGCAAGUUCCACCACCCCUUCACACAAUGACACCGAAUGCCGCGGGCAUUCCUCUCCAGCUUAUGCCGCAAGGACCAUCAACUAUGGGCCAAGGUACUCCUACCUUGAUCUACGCAGGACAACCUAUUACGACGACUAUUGGAAAUGAUGGAACCAUUCCGUCGUACCAUCUUGAUCCAAUCCAGCUGCCAAUACAUACUGACUUUACGAUUCCCCCACCCGGCCCUCCCACUGCUUCCGUGCAAUCUCGAUGGGUUCAGAACGUUUAUCAGCAGUUAUCUUACCCACCACCUUCAUCUUCACCGCAUAUGAGCAAUCCAUCGUCGCCGAUCCAGAGUCGAACGGCCAGUCCGACGCGAAUUCAUCCCAAUAGUGUACAACAUCGAAUAAGCAGGAAUCAACAAAACGAUCAACAACAGCAGCAACAGCAACAGCAGCAGCAGAAUCAAUCACAGAUGCAAAAUUUAAAGACUGUUGAUGAGGACCAGACAAUGCUGAUGUUGAGUCAAAUGCAGUUGCGAAACGGAAUCCGGCAGACACACAACACACUACCCCGCUCACAGUCGAAGCAGAACUACGUCAAUCAGCUUCCCCCGUACCAUCAGCAACAGCAUCAACAACCCCAGCAUCAUACACACACGCGGGAUACGGGCGGCGGCAGUGGGAGUUUUCAUUCGCUAAACUACAGCAUGAAAGGAUCGGGCGGCAUGAUGAUGGACCUGAUAAACCAUCAACCAAAGUCGACAGGUAGUGAUUCGGGCAGUUCGAUAGGCUCUACAGGUGACGUGUCGCCACCGGAAACGCCUGGCGUUGUGUCGGUGAGCAGCAGCAGCAGUAGUGGCGUCCCUCACAUGCGCUCCACUCGGUCCAACAAUGUGCGCAAUAUCAAUGGUCGGCUGGAGAAGCAGCUGCCAUCGAUGACCUACUCGCAGCUGCAGCAGCAACACCAGCAAGCUGUGGCACAGCAACAACAGCAGCAGCAACAUCAACAGCAGCAGCAGCAGCAACAGCAACAGUUUGCAGGCGCCGACUUAAUGGUAACAAGUGCGUCGCAGAAUUUUCUCACAACCGGCACGACUAAUGGUGCUGCGAUGAGCAGCAAUGGCAACAAUGGGGCCAGCGGCAGUGGCGUUGUGUCGGGACAACUGUUGAUUAGUCAAGCUGCUGCCGCCGCUGCUGUCGCCGCACCCGUGCAACCACCGUUUGUGUACGCGGGUGCACCGGCGACAGCCUACCAACCAGUGGUUGCUACUGCAACCGGCCACAUGGUGACCCAUCGUGGAGGCGUAUCAACCGCAACCCCCCUUCCUCACGGGACUUCCUUCCGAACGGCACCGGCGUACGCCACAACGAUCCAACCGCAAGCGACGGCCGAUGGUGUGAACUAUAUCUAUCAUCCGGCCGCCGUGGUAGCGGCGGCCGCGGGUGCAGGUACGAACGUACCCUCCAACAGUACCAUUUCCUUCCUUCCGGCACAACCACCACCACUACCACCAUCUUCGACCGUCGCCAGUACGCAGACGGCCAGUCUACCGAGUGUGCGAUCGUCACCAUCUCCGGCGGCGGCAGCUACUCACGUCGGGCUAUUGCAGCAGUCGAAGGUGGGCGUUAGUGCAGGAAUGUACGGCGGUGGGGGCAGUGCCACACUUCCAUACACGAGUGUCGCACCGUCCUGUUACAAUUGUGGCUCCCUGAAGCAUACCGGUCUCGAGUGCCCGGAGGCAUCGAUGGAAGACAUGACGAGGACAACUAAUUUUACGCUCGACUACAAUACCACCUCCACCGUCACGCCCGUUACGACGCCAACGACCAGCAGUGCACCCGCGAUCGGUGGUAACAACAACACCACGACGCUUGACACCAACGUCCAUGUGGGGAUCGGUGAGAGUCACAUGAGCAACAGUAGCAGUAGCAACAAUAGCACCAGCAGCAACAGUAGCAACGCCACUAGCGGUAGUGGCAACGGUAACAAAAACGCAAACAGCAGCACCAGCACCAGCACCAGCACCGGCACCGGUACCAGUGGCGGUCUCAGCAACAGCAAUAUGAUUAGUGCCAGUACUAGCAGCAAUAACAACAACAACAAUCACCACCAUCACCAUCAUCACCAUCACCAUCUGCAUCACCAUGGCAGCACCAAUAGUAGCAAUAGCAGUAGCAACAACAGCUCGAUGGACAUGCCUACGACGAGUCCUUCCUCGUCGAUGAGCAAUAUGCUCGUGCAGGUGCAGGAUGCUCCGGCGGGCGCAAGUGGCGCGGGGGUACCCAGUACCGCCGGUAGUAAUACCACUAAUAGCACCAAUAAUCUCGUUAGCGCUAGCGGUAAGUGAUAAUCGUUGGCUACAGGUGGUGUAAUGCGGUUUAACCGUUCCGUUCUAGUAGCAUCUGCAGUGGCAGCAGCAUCCGUCGCGGCGGCAACGGCGGCCGUUUAUCGCUCGUUUUUUCGAUCGCUUUUUUCCCUGUCAUCCUCGACGAACCACCACCAGUAGACAUUUGCUACUGGUUCACCACACUCUAUCUAGCAACCGGGCUUGAGUAUCCGGUAACUAGGAACUAGAAGACGAAUGUUCGAAUGAUCCUUAAUAUCAUCAACGACAAGAUUAAGAUACCGCGGGGUGUGUGUGUGUGGGGGAAACAUGUAUAGAAUAUUUUAUUUUUCGCUUCCGCGGUGUAGUUUUCCACUACACACAGACACACACUCACACUGUAUAGAUAACGAACUCACCGGUGAUUUUUGGGAAGCAUGAUUGUAUUUUGCAGUGGUAUGCAAGAUAUUUUAUGAAGUAUCCUAUGAAACCACAACCAGAGAAAUAUUUCAAUUUCAUAACCUCUGGUAGAAAUGUUUAAGGAUGUGUAGAUAAAUUCUCUCACACCUCCUGCAACAUUUGAUAAGGACGAAGGAAGAAUUUUCUAUAGAAAGUACACACAAGUAGCCGCAAAAGGAAAGGGGUGAAGUUUCGACAUGUGCCGCAACAAGUGUGCCACAGAACGCGCACUCCUCAAUAUUCGUCAUUUAAUUUAGUGUUAAGAUUGUAAGGUCUUCUUUAGGUAGUUUGUUUGGUAUGUUUUUUUUAAAUGUUUUUUUUUAAAUAAUUUUUGAGGAUUAAUCUUUUACAUGUACUUGUGAUUGUGCGGUACUAAUCAUACUAAUCGAAGGGAGAUGAAUCCAUGAUUCAAACGAAGUGUGUUAGCAAACAACCAAAAUUGACGAACGAUGAAUAGAGAUUAACAUUCACCACCAGACCCCGAGUUAAUAUGUGCAAUUCGUUUGUUUGCUGUAUCCCUUGGUUGGUUUGUUUAUUUUAAACAAAAUUUGAUCUACACUGGCGGAGUUCUAUACAGAGAUUUUAGACACUCCCCGGGGAUUCUCGAUAAAGAUGUUCCGUUCCAUAUUGGAUACAUUUCUUGAGUGAUGGAAUAAUAACAAUUUUGAAAAGAAAAAUCAGUUCUUAAAGCGAACAAAUGAACAAGUUGCAUUGUCCGGAGAGAUCGUUUUCUAGAAAGCUGAUUGGUUGGUCGUCCGCUGGUGGCGAUCGCGUGUACAGAAGAAAGCGUUACUCACCCUUUUUGUUGCCAUUCAGCAUAUCAGCAUGCAGCAUUUGCACAAUCCUAACUGCUUCUUUUCCGUUUGGAAACACCAAACCCACACGUUACUACUAGUGCGUUAUCCUUCAAGUCGCCCAUGUGCUGCGAUGUUGUUUUAAUGAUACAAUCAGAUAGAGAAGCGAAGAAAAACAACCCCGUAUGUUUAGCAAGUUAUUUUAUGUAUUCAAUUCAACCUGAACACGACGAUACAAUAGGUAUGUAAGGGAGAGAAAAAAAAACAAAUGGAAAGAAGACGGUCAGACGGGAAGCGAAAUAA